AUGUCUCAGAAAUGGGAUGCGAUCGUCAUUGGCUCGGGGAUUGGUGGCAUGGCGGCGGCUGCGCUUCUGGCAAAGGUUGGUAGAAUGAGGGUAUUGGUGCUCGAAAAACAUUCUGAACGAGGAGGUUUAACGCACGUAUUUCGUCGUGACGGGGCCAGUUGGGAUGUCGGAGUCCACUAUAUUGGCGGCGUGCAGCCUGGUUCCCCGAUCCGCGGGUUGUUUGACUUUAUGUCAGGCAAGUCUCUUGACUGGAAUCCUAUGGAUGAUGACUUCGAACGAUUCCUGUACCCAGGAUUGAGCUUCGCUGAACCUUCAGACAAGGCUCGCUACGAGGAGCGGCUGAUCCAACGCUUUCCCGAGGAAGCCGCUGCAAUUCGCCGCUACUUUGUCGAUGUCAACAAAGCCGCCGAUUGGCAUACGCGCGGAACCAUGCAAUCCAUAUUGCCCUGGCCGCUUAACUUUCUGCUGGAGCGGUGGCGCCGACUAAGUUCACACCAUGCGUUGCAAACUACUGGCGAUUAUCUCAAUCAGCAUUUCAAAUCGACAGAACUCAAGGCUUUGCUCGCCAGCCAAUGGAUGGAUUACGGCUUGCCGCCGAGCGAAAGUGCCUUCGCACUGCAUUCGCUUGUCGUUAGAAGCUAUUUGCAAGGAGCUUGGUUUCCGAAAGGGGGAGCCAGCCGCAUCGCGCGAACAUUUGAGGUAGGAAUCGAAGCAAACGGUGGCGCCGUGAAAGUGUGUCAAAAUGUCACCGCGAUCCUCACUGAAGGCACGCGCGUCGUGGGCGUGAAAGCCAUUGACGGACGCGGAGCUGAGCCGACCGAGGUCAUCUACCUCUCACCUAUUGUCAUUUCAGACGUUGGCGCAGGAGCGACGUAUAAUCAGCUGCUGCCCACAGACGGCGUGAUUGGCAGACAGACCGCGACAAUACGAAAGCAGUUGGGCCAGCUCGAGGGCGGGUUCUCUGCCGUCACUCUCUAUCUUCGACUUAAUGAGCCCAUCUCAACUCUCGGCGUCAAGGGCGAGAACUACUGGAUUAACACCACCUUCGAUCAUGACGACAUCAAUGCCCAGACGGAGGCGGUGCUAGCGGGCAAGCCUCAACAUGUGUUCAUGUCAUUUCCCUCAGCCAAGUCUGGUGACGACCGUUUCCAUACCGCCGAAAUCCUCGCUCUGGUCAAGGCAGACGCUUUUUCGGCCUGGCGUGGGACAAGCCAUGGCGCGCGAGGAAAGGAGUACAUCGAACUCAAGAAUCGGAUCUCUCGGGGGCUUUUGGAUCUCGCUGAGAGUGCCACGCCGGGGCUCAAGGGACUGCUGCACUACUCCGAGUUGUCGACGCCGCUUUCAGUGGAGGACUACACCUCGCAUUCUGCUGGCGCCAUCUACGGAUUUAAGGGGACAACGCAGACCUACGCUUCGUCUGUGCUAUCGAAGCCUUCACCAGUCGCCGGCCUGCAGAUUAGUGGGACCGAUGCAUCGAGUCUUGGAGUGGCUGGGGCACUGUUCGGUGGUGUGCUGGCGGCGAGUCGAGUGCUUGGUCCCUUCGGCUUUCUACGCAUCAUGUGGGCGUCCCGUCAUGUCACACCAGCGGUUGAACUCCCAUUGACGGCGGCGAUACGCUCGCCGGAGAAGGAACGCGCCAUGCUCGUUAACAAAACCGCACUGACACCAUUCAUUUGGCAACUUGAAUUUGAACUCGACGAGCUGGUUUCCUGUGCACCCGGUCAAUACGUUCUGCUACGCGUUGCACCCUUCGAAUGGCGGAACUAUUCGAUCGCCAACUCUAAGAGUAAAAGCUUGACGUUGCUUGUCAGUACUCGCACCGGUGGUGACGGGUCGGCCUUUGCCAAUAGCGUCCAGUCGGGCGAGGAAACAGAGGUUGAGUUGCCAUUCGGGGCUUUUCAACUGCGACGCAACUCCCAUCGUCGGGUUUUCGUCGCCACGGGCACGGGCAUCGCGCCAUUUCUGCCAAUGUUUGUAGCGCUGGCGGCUUCUGGCGAACUCGACUCGGCCGAGCUUCUCUUCGGCUGCUAUCAUCGGGAAGAUGACAUCACACGCCUCUUCAAGCCUCUGCCACGAACUACGGUUUGUGUUGACGAUGAUCCGUUGGCAGAGGGUGUGUUUCAUGGACGUGUGACAGAUAUACUGGCCGAACUCAAAUUCGAUCCCGCCACGACCGACUUCUAUCUCUGUGGCAUCCCAGCCAUGAUGGAUGCUUGCCGAACAAUCCUCGCACACGCGGGGGCGACCCAGGUGCUGGCCGAGCCAUUUUGA